GGGGCUCGGUACAGCUGGACUGUGGAAGCGGCGAGGAGGCUCCGUAUGGUCAACAGCGGAGGGACCCGCGGGGGGCAGAAUGUGGAGCUGCUGCCUGCUGACCCUGCUGCUGCUCGCACAACCCCUGCUGGCCGGGGGCCUCCGGAUCCAGGAUUACUUGUAUUUCCAGGUGCUGAGCCCGGGCGACAUCCGCUACAUCUUCACUGCCACCCCAGCGAAAGACUUUGGUGGAGCGUUUAGCCAGAGAUACGACCAGAUCCACCUGGUCCCGGCUGAUCCCCCCGAGGCCUGUGGAGAGCUCAACAAUGGCGCCUUCAUCCAGGGCCAGAUCGCACUGGUGGAGCGCGGGGGCUGCUCCUUUCUGUCCAAGACGCGGGUGAUCCAGGAACACGGCGGACGAGCGGUAAUCAUCGCUGACAACGCCUCCGACAACGACAGCGUCUACGUGGAGAUGAUCCAGGAUAACAGCGGACGGACGGCGGAAAUCCCAGCGCUCUUCCUGCUGGGGAGAGAUGGGUACAUGAUCCAGCGCUCCCUGGAGCAGCACGGCCUCCCCUGGGCGGUCAUCUCCAUCCCGGUCAACGUCAGCAGCAUCCCCACGUUCGAGCUCCGGCAGCCGCCCUGGACGUUCUGGUAGCGACGGCAGCGCCACCCGGUGUCUCCAGCAGAAGGCGCCGCCGAGUCCAUUUCUGCACAGGAAGGUUUUUUCGCUUUUGUGAAGCUGAUUUUUGUAUUUCUCGUCUUCCUCCCGGACUCCGUGUCGUACAAGAUAAAGAUGAUUUCACAGAC